GCCAGGGGGGGCGCUGAGCUCAGAGCUGCCGCAGCGCCGGCGCGGGGACCGAGCGCGCGAGCCGGCUGGGCGCGAGGAGCGAGCGAGCGAGCGAGCGGCGGCUGGCGACGCAGCCCGGACCCGGCACUGCUGCGCCCCUGCCCUGGGCCCGCGCCCGAGCGCCUGGCCACGGCCCGACCCCGACCCGCCCGAGUGCGCCCCAGCGCCGCCGAGCCGACCCCGCGCCCGCCGCGGCCGCCGCUGCAUCCCUGCCCGGGCCCGCAUCCAGGCCGUCAGGAUGGACGUGUUCAUGAAGGGCCUGUCCAUGGCCAAGGAGGGCGUUGUGGCUGCCGCGGAGAAAACCAAGCAGGGGGUCACAGAGGCGGCAGAGAAGACCAAGGAGGGCGUCCUCUACGUCGGAAGCAAGACCCGAGAAGGGGUGGUGCAAGGUGUGGCUUCAGUGGCUGAGAAAACCAAGGAGCAAGCCUCACAUCUGGGAGGAGCCGUGUUCUCCGGGGCCGGGAACAUUGCAGCGGCUACGGGCCUGGUGAAGAAGGAGGAGUUCCCCAGCGAUCUAAAGCCAGAGGAAGUGGCCCAGGAAGCUGCUGAGGAGCCGCUGAUUGAGCCCCUGAUGGAGCCAGAAGGGGAAAGCUAUGAGGAACCACCCCAGGAGGAGUAUCAGGAGUACGAGCCAGAGGCGUAAGGACCCAGGACGGCCCCACCAGCAGCACAAUCCUCCCCUGCCCGUCCCCCAGAGCCAGGGCUGCCCUUCUACCCCUUCUCCCCAAACACGAGAUCUUCCUUCCGCUCUGAGGCGCCCUCGGAGCCUGUGUUGGUGUCCGUCCGUCUGUCUGUCCCACCCGCCCGCGUGCAACCCUGGGGCGUGGACAGGGCCGGGGCUGCGGCUCGGCCCCUCCUGCCCAGUGUCUGCGUGGAUGUCGCAUGUUCUACGUGUUUUUCAAAGAAGAUCCGAAAGCGCCGGCUCCCCCGUCCCCUCGACGGAGGCUCUCCCGGAGCCCCGCACCCCACUCCCACGUUGACCCCAAGAGCUUUUUUUUUUUUAACCAAAACCAGGAGCCAGGCCGUGCCAUGCCCCCUCCCUCAGCCGGCCGGGUCCGAGCGCGGGCGUCCUGUGUUGUCACUUGGCAUGGAGAGCCCCCACCGCCCCGUGUGAGCGUGUCCCGGCGGGCGGGCCCGGCCGCCCGCGUGUCCGUGAAUAAAGCCAAUCUGUCUGUA